CGCCACCUCUUGAUAAGAAACAGUAAUACACGGAUAGCGCUCCCGGCGACGCGCCGCUCCUGUCACCGCUGUGCCGCCGACACUCGCUGUCAUAACAACGAACGACCUCUUCUGAAUUAACUUCGUUAGCGUAUUGUUAUAACUCGACCCGCUCUCGACACAAAUAACACCUGCCGCGACCCCUUUCAAACCACACAAUAACUGUUCUGUGUUAUCGUGCAUAUACUCACUGUGAUACUUACACUGGACUUAUACUGUUUCCGGAAUAUUAAAAAUUUUUAAAGCGCUGAAUAAAAAACAUAAUAGCUCAUUAACCCGAAACAAUGUAAACUCACAGAGGCGGCUUCAUGACAGACGAAUCACGAUCGUGCGACUACGUCAGCCCAACUGGAAUAGAUUCGCAUAUACCGUGCGUGAAAUUAAAGGAUAAACAAAUGAAGUCCGGAGCGGCGGGAAUAAUGAAGCAGUCCGCCUCAGGAGGUGUCAAGCAGCAGACACGAGCGUGACCCGCGCGACGCGACUCGGCCGCGCAGCGGGCCAACUGGGCCAUUCGAUAAGCGUGUCCCAUUUACCUGGAUUCAGCGCGAGGGGCCAGCAGUGCGGCGGUGCAUCGGUGCUGGGCGGGCGUCCAACAUGUCGAGCAAGUCGUUCGCCACGGGGAGCAUGCGGUCGACCGGCGGGUCCGUGCGGCUCGGCGCGGGCGCGGGCGCCAGCCACGAGCUCGUGCUCGACGCGCUCUACGAACGCAAGCGCGACAAGAAGAGCGUGCGCGUGCUCACCGUCAUCAUCUACGUCUUCUGCGUCUCGCUCGCCGCCAUCAUGCUCUCCCUGUACUACGUGUUCUUCUGGGAGCCCAAGGACGCGCAGUACGCGCAGCGCAAGGUGUCUCACACUGUAGACCAGACCAGCACUACACCAAUGCCCACAUGCUUAAUGCCCCACACCGGAAGAGGCGGUGGCGCAGUAGACGAAGCCUUGAACUCAACAGUAGUUACUCCAUCAGCUGACACCGUGACUGAGACAACAUCAGACCCUAGUUCCUCAGUAUCAAGCUCGGAGCCGCUCCUAUCCACAGAGUCCUUUAGUCUCUCCGAAAAUAAGACGAGCGGCGUUCGCGCUGACAAUUCUAGCGUCACAUGACAAACGAAUUUAGACUAAUAAACAAUCGAAUGUAGUCCCAUACCGUCAAAUAUUUAUAGAGCCAAUUGGUAUAGUGAUGGCGACAGGAUAAUCAAAACUUGGUACUAAAGAACUAUGUUGCAUAAAACACGAGCCAACAUUUUAAACUUUUCUACGGCUCAAGCUUAAUAAUCUGAUGAGUGUGAGAAGGUUAAGAUUGUGAUAAAACCUUAAAAAAGCUAGUAUACAAGAGGCAUCUAUAAUCAGUGGUUCAGUGGUGCAAUUACUGAGGUAUUUAUACCGAAAAAGAAGGCCCUCGAUGAACCAAUGUUUUCUAAAAAAAAUACAGAGAGGCACAUCCCGUAACUUCGACAUGUGCCUCAAUCGUUAGGUACUGUGUCGCUUCAUUAGUUCAGUAUAUACAAUUUAUACCUGUCGCCUGCACUGCACUAUUCCGUUCUUAACCCUUAUUGGGUAGUUACUCAUAGUAUUUUAAUUAUAAGUAAUACAGGACUCUUGAAAUAAAGGAUCGCCGUUAAUUAAAAAAAAAUUGACUCAUGGUAAUAACUUUGUACUUCCCUUGCUAAAAACUUUUUUAUUUCGUGUGUGGACCGGUCCAUGCAAUAUUCUAGAUUUGACCAUGGAGCAAUUUUUUAAUUGUACCUACAAUCAUGUAACAAAACAGAAUUUGACAUUGGUUGAAUAAGUGGCAAAAAUAAGCGAUCGGUAAGAUACUGAACUCAUAAUAUAAAUCAAGAACUAUGCGGCAAGUACAUUAAUUUGAUCGCCGCAUGCAAACAAUGUUGGAAGCCUGGCAACCUAUGUGGAGGCUGCAUUAGGUGAACAAAGUAGUAUAAUUGCGGCAUAAUUCAAAGUAGCGGCGAUUUCUAAAUAGUCAAUUAGUCACUGACGCCAAUCACAUCUAAAGGCUGAUAACAAACACCAAUAUUAAACGACGGAUUACUAGUGAUAUUCAUGUUAAUUUCCUAGAUGCCUAAUUAGCAUAAGACGAAGGUUAUUACUUCAGAUAUUUACUAAAAUAAUUUAUACUUAGUGUUAAGUGUUAACAAAUGUGUUUAGAGAUUUAUUUACUCAAUAAUCACAUAUUUAAGGUCAUGUGGGGUAAGAGACAUAGUUUAUUAUGCUCGGGGCAAGAGAAACAGUUCUUUUGCCCCAGUGUUUCUGUUACCCCCAUCUAACCUUAUUAUAUUAUCGGUGUUAGACCAAGUUGCUGAUCUCAUUUACUUUGCGUGUAUCGUCUGACAUAUCCUCACAGUAGCUGCUAUAUACCUACUUGUUAGAAUAAGAUCACGUCUUACUAUUUCCAAGUCUGUAGUGCCUGUAGAAAUAAGUAUCAUAAGUUCACGAAACGUGUCCAUGUAUCCAAUACGUCCAUCAAACUCCCUGUAUAAUAAACAUGAGCAAUAAAGUAAAAUAAUCGAAAGUCGAAUGCCUUAUGUAACAUCAAGAGUACCGCCCGCUUGGUGCUAAGCGCCUUUGGCUACUAGAAAUUGAAGUGGUAUCACACUAGUAUUGCCAUCCUUUUUUUCUGACGAUUCGUUGUAUUUAUCGAUAGCAAAAAAUAUAUCAAAGUGCGUACAGGCGACAUUAUACACGUUUUUAUUUAUCUUGUGUGUACGUCAACCUGUUAAAUUGCAUAUUUUAUUCACAAGUCCUGUAAUUUAUAAGUACAAGCAGUGUUGUAGUAGAGAAUUCAUUGUAUAAUAUAUUUUUAAAUAAUA